GUCGCGCACAGCGCCCCGAGCCCAGGCGCCUCCCCGCCCCCCUCCCCGCGCUCGGCGGCGGCGGCGGUAGCAGUAGCAGCAACAUGGCUGUUGAUGGGUGUUCGGGGUGGCGCUGGCGGCGGGAGGAGCUCCCCCGAGCCCCUGCGCCGGCCGCCCGUUGCUAGCUAUGGCAAAUGGUGGCGGCGGCGGCAGCAGCAGCGGCGGCGGCGGCGGCGGAGGCAGCGGUCUUAGAAUGAGUAGCAAUAUCCACGCGAACCAUCUCAGCCUAGACUCGUCCUCCUCCUCCUCCUCCUCUUCUUCCUCCUCCUCCUCUUCCUCCUCGUCCUCGGUCCACGAGCCCAAGAUGGAUGCGCUCAUCAUCCCGGUGACCAUGGAGGUGCCGUGCGACAGCCGGGGCCAACGCAUGUGGUGGGCUUUCCUGGCCUCCUCCAUGGUGACUUUCUUCGGUGGCCUCUUCAUCAUCUUGCUCUGGCGGACGCUCAAGUACCUGUGGACCGUUUGCUGCCACUGCGGGGGCAAGACGAAGGAGGCCCAGAAGAUUAACAAUGGCUCCACCCAGGCUGAUGGCACUCUCAAGCCAGUGGACGAGAAAGAGGAGGCGGUGGCAGCCGAGGUCGGCUGGAUGACCUCCGUGAAGGACUGGGCCGGGGUGAUGAUAUCCGCCCAGACGCUGACCGGCAGAGUCCUGGUUGUGUUGGUCUUUGCUCUCAGCAUUGGUGCACUUGUGAUAUACUUCAUAGAUUCGUCAAACCCAAUAGAAUCCUGCCAGAAUUUCUACAAAGAUUUCACAUUGCAGAUCGACAUGGCUUUCAACGUGUUCUUCCUUCUCUACUUUGGCUUGCGGUUUAUUGCAGCCAAUGAUAAGCUGUGGUUCUGGCUGGAAGUGAACUCUGUGGUAGAUUUCUUCACGGUCCCUCCUGUGUUUGUGUCUGUGUACUUAAACAGAAGCUGGCUGGGUUUGAGAUUUUUAAGAGCUCUCAGACUGAUACAGUUUUCAGAAAUUCUGCAGUUUCUGAAUAUCCUUAAAACAAGUAAUUCCAUCAAGCUGGUGAAUCUGCUCUCCAUAUUUAUCAGCACGUGGUUGACUGCAGCCGGCUUCAUCCAUUUGGUGGAGAAUUCAGGGGACCCAUGGGAAAAUUUCCAAAACAACCAGGCUCUUACAUACUGGGAAUGUGUCUACUUACUCAUGGUCACAAUGUCCACUGUUGGUUAUGGGGAUGUUUAUGCAAAAACCACGCUUGGGCGCCUCUUCAUGGUCUUCUUCAUCCUCGGGGGACUGGCCAUGUUUGCCAGCUACGUCCCUGAAAUCAUAGAGUUAAUAGGAAACCGCAAGAAAUACGGGGGCUCCUAUAGCGCGGUUAGUGGAAGAAAGCACAUUGUGGUCUGUGGACACAUCACUCUGGAAAGUGUUUCCAACUUCCUGAAGGACUUUUUGCACAAGGAUCGGGAUGAUGUCAACGUGGAGAUCGUCUUUCUUCACAACAUUUCCCCUAACCUGGAGCUUGAAGCUCUAUUCAAACGACAUUUUACUCAGGUGGAAUUUUAUCAGGGUUCAGUCCUCAAUCCGCAUGAUCUUGCAAGAGUCAAGAUAGAGUCAGCAGAUGCGUGUCUCAUCCUUGCCAACAAGUACUGUGCUGACCCAGAUGCAGAAGAUGCCUCCAACAUCAUGAGAGUAAUCUCCAUAAAGAACUACCACCCGAAGAUCAGAAUCAUCACUCAGAUGCUGCAGUAUCACAACAAGGCCCAUCUGCUAAACAUCCCUAGCUGGAAUUGGAAAGAGGGCGAUGACGCAAUCUGUCUCGCGGAGCUGAAGUUGGGUUUCAUAGCCCAGAGCUGCCUGGCUCAAGGCCUCUCCACGAUGCUCGCCAAUCUCUUCUCCAUGAGGUCAUUCAUAAAGAUUGAGGAAGACACAUGGCAGAAAUACUACUUGGAAGGAGUGUCCAAUGAAAUGUACACAGAAUAUCUCUCCAGUGCCUUCGUGGGUCUGUCCUUCCCUACUGUUUGUGAGCUGUGUUUUGUGAAGCUCAAGCUCCUAAUGAUAGCCAUUGAGUACAAGUCCGCCAACCGAGAGAGCCGAAGCCGAAAGCGUAUAUUAAUUAAUCCUGGAAACCACCUUAAGAUCCAAGAAGGUACUUUAGGAUUUUUCAUCGCAAGUGAUGCCAAAGAAGUUAAAAGGGCAUUUUUUUACUGCAAGGCCUGUCAUGAUGACAUCACAGAUCCCAAAAGAAUUAAAAAAUGCGGCUGCAAACGGCUCAAGACUGAAGCUAGAUCACGCUAUCACAAAGACCCAUUUGAGUUCAAGAACGCAACUCCCCAUUCUCAGCUUGUGACUGAGCCAGUUGAAGAUGAGCAGCCGUCGACGCUAUCACCCAAAAAAAAACAACGCAACGGGGGCAUGAGGAACUCGCCCAACUCCUCGCCAAAGCUGAUGAGGCAUGACCCCUUGUUAAUUCCUGGCAAUGAUCAGAUUGACAACAUGGACUCCAACGUGAAGAAGUAUGACUCUACAGGGAUGUUUCACUGGUGCGCACCCAAGGAGAUCGAGAAAGUCAUCCUGACUCGAAGUGAAGCCGCCAUGACUGUCCUGAGUGGCCAUGUUGUGGUCUGCAUCUUUGGUGAUGUCAGCUCAGCCCUGAUUGGCCUCCGGAACCUGGUGAUGCCACUCCGUGCCAGCAACUUUCAUUACCAUGAGCUCAAGCACAUUGUGUUUGUGGGCUCCAUAGAGUACCUCAAGCGGGAAUGGGAAACGCUUCAUAACUUCCCCAAAGUGUCCAUAUUGCCUGGUACGCCAUUAAGUCGGGCUGAUUUAAGGGCUGUCAACAUCAACCUCUGUGACAUGUGCGUUAUCCUGUCAGCCAAUCAGAAUAAUAUUGAUGAUACUUCGCUGCAGGACAAGGAAUGCAUCUUGGCGUCACUCAACAUCAAAUCUAUGCAGUUUGAUGACAGCAUCGGGGUCUUGCAGGCUAAUUCCCAAGGAUUCACACCUCCAGGAAUGGACAGAUCCUCUCCGGAUAACAGCCCAGUGCACGGGAUGUUACGCCAGCCAUCCAUCACCACUGGGGUCAACAUACCCAUCAUCACUGAACUAGUGAAUGAUACUAAUGUUCAGUUUUUGGACCAAGACGAUGACGAUGACCCCGACACAGAACUGUACCUCACGCAGCCCUUUGCAUGUGGGACAGCAUUUGCCGUCAGCGUCCUGGACUCACUCAUGAGCGCGACGUACUUCAAUGACAAUAUCCUCACCCUGAUAAGGACCCUGGUGACCGGAGGGGCCACGCCAGAGCUCGAGGCUCUGAUUGCUGAGGAGAAUGCACUUCGAGGGGGCUAUAGCACCCCCCAGACGCUGGCCAAUAGGGACCGCUGUCGUGUGGCCCAGUUGGCUCUGCUGGAUGGGCCGUUUGCAGAUUUAGGGGAUGGUGGUUGUUAUGGCGAUCUGUUCUGCAAAGCUCUGAAAACAUAUAAUAUGCUUUGUUUUGGAAUUUACCGGCUCAGAGAUGCCCACCUCAGCACCCCUAGUCAGUGCACGAAGAGGUAUGUCAUCACCAACCCCCCGUAUGAGUUCGAGCUUGUGCCGACGGACCUGAUCUUCUGCUUAAUGCAGUUUGACCACAACGCCGGCCAGUCCCGGGCCAGCCUGUCCCAUUCCUCCCACUCAUCACAGUCCUCCAGCAAGAAGAGCUCCUCUGUUCACUCCAUCCCAUCCACAGCAAACCGGCAGAACCGGCCCAAGUCCAGGGAGUCCCGGGACAAACAGAAGUACGUGCAGGAAGAGCGGCUUUGAUAUGUGUAUCCACCGCCACCAUGUGUGAAACUGUAUCUGCCACUCAUUUCCCCAGUUGGUGUUUCCAACAAAGUAACUUUCCCUGUUUUCCCCUGUAGUCCUCCCCCUCCCUUUUUUUACACAUAUUUGCAUAUGUAUGAUAGUGUGCAUGUGGUUGUCAUUUUUAUUUCACCACCAUAAAACCCUUGAGCACAACAGCAAAUAAGCAGACGGACCAAAAGUUAUUUAUGAUUCUAGGGGAAAAAUAACCCAAAGGCAUGCUCCAGACAUAAAUAGCUCACUGCAGGAAUGAGUUCACAGAUUAGAAAGGAGCACUUGUGAUCAAAGUCAGUUAGGCAAAGCAAGUUUAUUUCAUAUACAAGAAAAGUUUAUUCUGAUUUAUCAGGGUUAUCAGGGUGCUUUGGGUUUUGAUUUUUUGUUUUCCUUUUGUUCGCUCAUUCUUUUUUUUUUGUACACACACAAUAAGUUAGCACAUGUUUAUUUGAAGCAAGCAACCAAAAAGCAAUGAAAACGUAUCGAUUGUUUCUACUCUCUGGGCUGAAGUAUUGGGAAGCAUCUGAAAAGCUGUCAUGGUUUGUGUAGAUGAUUAUUAAGCAGCUGCUUGUUGCAAGAAAGCAUUGGAGGUUUUUUGAGUUACUCACCAAGGCCUUUUGUCCCAGAGCUAGAAGCUUCCUUUGGGAGUUCAUAUGAACAUUUCUAAUGUUAAUACAGAGGAAAGGAGUAGUAUUCCACUUGUGGAUGUAUCAAAUUCUAGUCAUUUAAGUGAAAAGAGGUUUGAUUGCAUAUUAAAUUGUUAUUCUGUCUCCUUAUGCUGCCAUAUGAAUAGCUAUUUUUUUCUUUCACUUUUGACAUUUGGGAUGAAAAGCCAUAUGUAUCAUAAAUAUCAGAUGUAAGUCAUUAAAAACUGCCUUCCUGGGACUUUUACAUCUUUUAAAAGGUGAAUUACUUACCUUAUGUACAGAAUAAAUAAUGCUUAGGAAAGAGCAAGUAUUUUUCCAUGCAUUCUCAGGGGACCUUUUUACUCCCCUUUGUUUGGUUAGUAAGAACCCCAAUGCCAGGUAGGAGCGAGGGCUGGGUGAUAGUGGAGUGAGAGGGAGAAAAACCCAGCAGCAGAGAGUGUUUUUCUCGGAAAUGACAUGCUAAAUAAAUUAAGAUGCAGAAGGAUCAAGCCACCUUGGCCUCAACAAAGACAAAAGCCAGUGGCCACCUAACAUUGUUGGCAUAGCUGCAUGAUGUUGGCUAUCCCCAAACAUAAAGAUGGUAGGGAGAAAUUCCUCAUCCUCCAGUUCAUUAACAGCCAAUUCACUUAGGCAGGUGGGUGACAAUAAUAUCUGCUCCUUGUCAUUACAAGAUGGGGAAUAAGAAAAGUACAACAGUGAGCCAAACACAUUUUUGUACAGUUAUAAUUUUUUGUUUGUUUUCUUUCUUUAAAAAAAAAAAAACAGGAAGCAUGGGGGAAAGGAAGAGAAAUAUCCUUCUUCCAACAUAAAAUUGUCAGAUGUCUUAGGCUUGCAUAUCACACUUUAGGCAAUGAAGUUGUUCUUAAAAAUUGGCCAACUCUACCACAACCAAAUUCUCCUAUGGAUGGUCUGGCUCUUGGCUGGUAUAAACCUAUUUGAGCUUUUUACUUAAAAAAACAAAAAUCCAUUGACUAGAAUAGGGGUAGAAAGGAGAAGACAAGUGUCACAUCUGUACCAUCUCUGAAAAGGUGUUUUUAUGGUGAAUGUUUGGGGUUUAGAUUUUGAAUCCCCUGCCCCUUCCAGCAUGAUAGUUUUGGAGAUUUGCUUGCUGUGUGGAUUGACAAGCACUUUUACUGACAGAAUGGUGAGGCUCAGCCAGAACCUCUACCUCCCCGCACCAAAGACAGGGGCAGAGCAGCAUUUAAACCAGCAAUCGGGUGGGGAAAAACUGUAUACAUGUAUAUUAAAAAGGGCUAUGAGUGGAAGAAUUUUUUUCAAAUGAUUUUGUCCCUAUACAUUUUGAUUUAUAUGUUACGUAUAAUUAUCUGUUUAUAUAUAACUAUAUAUAUAUGCACAUAUAUAUAUAUAUAACUAUAUAUACAUAUCCCCUAGUUUGGGAUCAUGAAGAACUCUUCAUGCAUUCUUUGCAAAGGAGGUUAUAAAGUUACACCCUCAGAACAUUUAUAACUAUAAGAAUGUGCCAGUUAAAGUGCUCAACAGGAAAUAUGACAGUUUAAAAGCAUUGUAAAACUCACAUAGCUUACUUCUCUCUCUAAAGUGCAACAAGGAUGAAUAGAAUGGGCCAAGGUAUGACAAUUAAUGGUUCUGCAUGACCUAGCCACUGCUGGGGGUUUUCUUCUAUAACGUUGUCCUUGUGAAAAAUUUUGUGAAAUUAAAAAAAAAAAGGAGUUACAAAUUUUA